AUGAAGGCUGUCGGGCUGAGGAGGGUGCAUAAUUUUGAUUGGGGAACGGCGCAUUAUAAGGCUCUGGGGGCGUUGGAGGCUGACGGGUCGGAUCCGUUGUUCUUGGAGAUGCUUUAUACGAUUCGACUUCACGCAAAGGUUGCUAGCUCUCUUGAGCUCUGCAAUACUCGCACGUUUCUCGACGUCAACUCUGACGUUGUAGCGGCCACGAGGGGUCAGAUCUACAAUGAUUUGAACGAGCUGAGCAACAGACCUCUCGCGGGCGAUGUUCAGCUUCGUUUCUGGCGAAUGCUCGUCGCAAUACACGUCAACGAACCAGUUCUUCACACAACCACCAACAAAACCCUCUUCACAUCCCCCUACAUCUCCGAAAGAAUCGGCGUCCACGACUUUGCCCGCGGUCCCAUAACCCCAACAGCAGCAACAGCCCUGCACUCCAUAGUGGAAGCCUGCCACCUCGCCAUCUCCAUAGUCCUCGAAAUGGACGCCUCGACAAUCCUAUCCCUUCCGUCCCUCUGCUUCGGCCCAGCGGUGAGCUACACACUUUCCAUCCUCAUCAAAGUCUUCGUGGCAGUGUCUGCACCGGGAAACACAUACAGUCAAAUCCUUAACCGCGAAACCCUGCACGUGCGAGAAGCCAUGCAAAAGCUCAUAUCGGUCAAGGAGGAGCUGCUAAGGCUCGAUCCGCACAUGGGCAACUGGAACACGAGGAUCAUAGGAUCCGUCGAAUGGCUGGGUGUUUGGCUGGAUGAUUACGAGAUUAUUAUUGAGCGCUAUGAGGAGAAUCUGCAGAGGGAGGUUGCAGAACAGGAAAUCGAAGGACUCAGCCCCAAUGGACAUUUCUAA